AUGCUGUUCAGAAGUUUCUGCCUGGCUGCUAUCUUAUAUUCCGGGGCUAUACAGGCCCAAUCCGAGCCCGAGCUCGAGCCAGCCGUCCGCGUCGUUAGAUUCCAGGUCACCUACCCAGAGGCGCGCGUCUCCGAGCUGUCCGGCGUGCGCAAGUUCAGCUCGUUGUUGCGCAACUCGGUGCUCGCCUCGCUGCGCUUCAUCAACAAGCACUGGCUGAUCUGCGGCGGAUCCGAGCUCGACAAGAAAUCGACAGACUGUGGAAAGGCGCAGGUGACCGGCGAGUCUUUCGGAGCAUCGGGAUACAAGAUUAAUGCAACCUUUAUCGCCGAGAGGGACCCGAUCAGAAACGCGAAAGUCGAGGCUACCUCGACGGUGUUGGCUGUCGUCCAAAUUGGCCUCAAGGGCGGAAUCUUCCAGUACACCAAUGCUUUAAAGAUUCUCGGGAAACCCUCUCAAGAGCUGCCCUUCGAGGAGGCAUUCUUCUGCAACCGCGGCUCGGUGUUGGUGAAUGGAGAUAGAUGUCGUAAGCUAUUGUCGAAGAGGCUCAGGGAUUCCCCACUCCCACUCCACCCACAAACCCCACAACACUCGGCCUCCUCUGACGAUGCACUCACCGUCGAGGAGCCGGCCAUCGAUCUCCGAGGAUUGGCCAAAUUU